AUGGUAGUCAAGAACACCGAUUCUUCUUCUUCUUCUUCUUCUGCUGCCAGAUCUGAGGCCUUUCGCCGUAUGGAGAAACAAUUUCAUGCUCUUCAACUUCAACCCUUGCAAGACAAUGGAGUUUCUCAACAAGGUACUUUUAUUCAUCAACAACCUUAUAAUACUCAAGUUCAAGAUGUGGGAACCUUCGGUUCUAAUACCGUUGUCCAACAACAACACCCUAGUAAUUAUCAACACGGUUUUAUAAAUAAUUAUGCUACGAACCAGGCAAUGGGAGGACUUCCUACUGGCCAUGGCCAUGGUUAUGGGUUCCCAGGUUAUGAGGAUUAUAGGAUAUGGCAGGGGCCUUCUAUUGAGGCUACCGCCGCACAGAGAAUGCAUUGUUUUCAUACUUGUAGAGGGUCGUUGGUUUCAAUGGCGAUGAAUCGACGUGAUUGUCGAUAUAUACAACAGAAGAUCAGAAUGGGCAACCCAACAGAUGUUGCGCUAAUCCUCUAUGAAGUGAAGGAUUCUUUACACAUGCUCAUGACACACCCUUAUGGAAACCACUUGAUUCAAAAGAUUUUUGAAGCAAGGAGAGGUAUCAUCACCCGUGAUCAGAAGCAUUCUCUUGUUUACUUGAUUAUCUCGAAUUACCAAAAGCUGAGAAACGUGUGCAUGGACUUUCAUGGAACUCGCGUUAUGCAGAUAAUGCUGAAGAAUAUUAAGUGUCUGUUCAUGCAAUAUGUAGUUGUGUAUACCAUGAAGCAUAUCACUGUUGCAUUGAUGAAAAAUUUUAAUGGCAGUUAUGUUAUUGUUGAAUGUCUAAAGCUUUUUCCACCCGAACACCAAAAUUUUGCGUCAGCAAAUGAACAAAUGGUAAAAGAACUUCGUGGCCAAUUCGUAAGACUUUCUGUGAACAAGUAUGCCAGCAAUGUAGUGGAAAAUUUAUUGACAUUCUCUAAACUGGAUGAUGUUGAAGUUAUAGUUGAGGAGAUAAUUAGUAGUCAUGAUUUCUUGAAUGUUCUUCAAGAUCCUUUUGGGAAUUAUGUUGCUCAGAGAUCACUGAAAUGCACCCAGGGUCAUCUGCGUAGAAAACUUUCUAAUCUCAUCAUAUCCAAUCACAGAACACUCCAUAGUCAUCCUUACGGGAAAAAAGUAUUGACAAUGGCUAAUGACAUAUAUGGAAAGAAAGUUCACCGUUUAUGUUAUAAUUGUUAG